GUACAUCAGCAGGAAAGCGGUAGACAUCUUGGAAAUCCAGAUCUGUCUUGUGCGUUUUGAUCGUUUCUUCAGCUCAAAAAUCAUCACAAGAGAUUUACUAAUAAAACUUACUACUCGGAGAGUUAUCGGAGUGUGUCUGAACUUGGGUUGUUUCACGUGAAGCUUGCUUUUUUUGUGUUUUUAAAGAUGGGCAGUCCGUAUCAGCGCUCGGUACCACUGGAGGUGAGGAGAGCAGAGGGAGAGCGAGUUCGGGCCAAGCAUCCUGACAAGAUACCGAUCAUUGUGGAGAGGGCUCCGAGGUCGCGAGCUCCUGAACUGGACAAGAAGAAAUACCUGGUGCCGUCAGAUUUAACAGUGGGCCAGUUGUGUUUUCUGAUCCGUCAGCGUAUGUCUUUGAGACCUGAGGAAGCGCUCUUCUUCUUUGUCAACAACUCCCUCCCCCCGUCCAGCUGUCCCCUCUCUACUGUAUACGGGGAGCACCACGAGGACGACCUGUUCCUCUACAUGACCUACAGUAACGAGAGCGUGUAUGGUGCCUGAUAGGGGACAAAAGACUGGAAAAAAGACGGAGAGAGAGAAUGAGAGCGGGCAGAGUGAGAUUGGAAUAAAGAGUUUAAAGUUUUCUGUUACGCUUUGCGCCACUUUAAUUGCCUAUAUUUUAUUUAAACCUUUAUUUUACCAGGAAAGAAAUGCAUUGAGAUUAUUAAUCUCUUUAACAAGGAUGUCCUGUAUGAGUUGCGGUGGAUGGAACAAACUUUGUACAGAAUGGAUCGGGCCACCGGUUGGAGGUUUUAAUCUUUGACAGUAUUUUCACUCUAAACUCUAAGCCACAGAAUGUGGUCUUUCUUUUUUUUCGG